GUUGAGCAAAAUUUCCUUCGGACCUCUGGAAACAGGAGCAAAAUGCAACAAUACUUGGGGCAAGCCCACCUACUUGGUGGGAGAUUUCUCCUCCUCGGCGGAGUUCUUCGUCACUUUUGCAGUUCUCGUGUUCCUGUACUGCAUCGCAGCCUUAAUCCUGUACCUCGGUUACAUGCACUUGUAUCGAGGUGCUGGGAAGCUCCCCAUGGUUGACUUCGUAAUUACAAUCAUCAUUACUUUCCUGUGGCUGGUCAGCACAUCGGCCUGGGCGAAGGCACUUGUCGAUAUCAAAGUGUCCACCGGACCCAGCAUUGUUAUGGGAACUGAUUGUACUACACAGCCUGGGUUUUGCCAUUUCGAGGAUAUCAGGAGGAUGGGAUCCUUGAAUGUGUCUGUGGUCGUUGGCUUCUUCAACAUGCUUCUGUGGGCUGGCGGCGCUUGGUUUGUCUACAAGGAAACUAACCUACAUAGUCCUCCCUCCAGCGCUUCUCCGAACGCCACCAGUUCCCCGUCUCCUUCAGGGAUGUGAAAGGCCUGAAAAAGCCUCGGAUAUGGAAAAACGCGCCUCGCCUCAGGAUGAUCCUCACGGCUGUUCCCUCCCCUCCCCUCCUCCAUUGUGUAACUGAUGUGUGAAAAAUCGAUGGGUUUCAUGUGUCUGUUUUUUUGUUUUUGCUCCCAUGCCGGGGACAGAACCGAAAGUGACAUCAGGCACGAGAACCGUUGCGCUGCACGAAAGCUUGUUCUCUGCAUUGAAAAAAGUGGGGUUUCACUGUUUCGGGUUUGAAGGCUUCCCCCCGUGUUAAUAAUAAAAGGUUGAGUGAGCAGCAUUUCAACUGAUGGAAGGCAGUUUGUCUUCUUGUGUAUGAUUAGAGUUGAGUUGUCCCGCUCGGUAUGAAGUGCCACCUCUUUAUCAGUGUAUGCUUCCUUAGAAGGAUGUUUCUCCCCCAUUCCCUGAAUUCAGUGGGGCUGGCUGUCAAGUAAGCAUGCUUAGGAUGUCUCCUCUGGAUUCCCCAGAAGGGAGUUGCAUUUAAAGUGUCCAGUUUUAUACAAAUCUUGCCUUUCUGACGGCUGUCCAGAAUGCAUAAGAUGCCUGGACUUCACAGUCAGCUUACGUGCAACUCCAAAUAACUAAAAUUAAACCUUUGCAUUAUUCGCUCUUGGAAAUUCUUUAAAACUAGGAAAUUUACAAUGCUACUAGUUGGUUCCCAUGCCCUCCCCAUCGCCUCCCCUGCAAAGACUUGGCUAACAUGGCACAACAUGGAGCCGUCUGCAUCCCCUCCUUCCCUUGGUGCAACUGUUCUAAAAGAGGCCACUAAGUUGUAAUCCUGAACGUUGUUGAAUAUUGUGAUACCUGUGGGCAGUCAUCUUCCAGAUUGUAUUUAAUUAGCUUUUGAAUGACACUUGAAUUCAGAUUAGGUUUCGGCCUGGCCUGGCCCUUCUCUUGCUUCUUUUCACAAGCCAGAAUGGGUCUCCUCAAAUGUAACUCGUAGGCUUAUCAUAGUUCGAAAAUAAUGGUGCAACCUUAACGCAGGAAGGCAGUUAAUUCUGCUGAUGUAGCCAGGAAACCUGCAGGAAAGGUGAUGUCCGGUCACGGCUCCCAGUUGUUUGAAAGGAAUCCUAAACAAAGAGCUUAAUUUCUAGUCCUUCUGUCAGUCCAGACAUCCUGUAGAAUAGUGAUCAUCAUCCCUCAAGGCUGUGAACUGAUGCUUCUUCCUCUUAAAAUAUGUUCGAUCCAACCCAAAGCAAAAUCUAUAUGCCAAAGAAUCGGGGCUGUACAGAAGCAUGAAAAAAAAAACAAAUUGCACCGUGAAGGAGGUUGCAAUUGCUUACUUUUUUGUCAAGCGCCAGGAAAUUCAGGAGACCCAGACAGCCCAAAAAUGUAUUGUAAGCUUGAGCUCUCUACAAGAAUCUGAACUACUAAGGACCAAGGGAAAUUAGCGGGAGAUAAGAAUAGAAGGAAUUCAAGGUGGGCUGGACUUAAACCUCUUGUGGGCAUGAAGGGACUCGAGACUGAUGACGCAUUUGAUCCCUCCCUCAGGCUCACCCUGCCCAUCUCCUACAUUUUCUGGGUAAAUCUCUGUACAUUUUGUGAUUGCAGAAUUUGGUGGUUUUUCUGACAUAAUUUUGCAGAGACCUUGGUUUCAAAACUGUUCAUCCAAAUAUUUGGCCUUCAUUUUUUUUAAAAAAUUGGCUAGAAGUUGAGGUUCUGUUUGUCACGUUGUCAAACACCAGAAACAGAGAGGCAGGAUCUCUGGCAGUGAAAAUGUAUCUUGCAUGGUUUUUAUUUUAUUAUUUUAAAUGCAGAUAUUUGUAGCUCAAGGUGGAAUUGUAGAGUCCUUGGUGCUCUCUCAGCAUGAUGUUUUUCCUUGUAGACGUUUCAUUACCACACUAGGUAAUAUUAUCAGUGCAUUUAUGCUAACUUUUAUCAUUGCCGUGCAUGCAUUUGCCCCAUUCACUGCUCUUUUGUUGUCUUGGUUGUGUCUUUACUACCAACUUGCUUUUGCCAAGGUGUGCGGCUGUGGAAAUCCACAAACGUUUCCAAUUGCAAACUUACAUAAAGGACGUAUGUGUGUGCUUUGGAUUGAUUUUUAAAAUAAUGGACAAUGCGAUCAGCCAUAUAUCGAUUUUUCUUUUGAUUCCUAUUCAUGCCUAGAUCUUAAGGUGCUUGUAUGAGUUUUCCCCUUUUAAUAUGAUUUGCAUUUACUUUCUUCAUGGUCUUUAUUGGAUUUACAAUUGUUUUCAUAGUAAGAUGUUGCAGUUAAACCUUCACUUUUUAUAUUUUGUUAGGAACA